GUGUGUAAUUCGGUUCGUCUUUUAUUAACGGCGAAUUAAAAUGUUAUUUUCCCCACGGGGCGACGAAUAAAUUGCUACGUAACGAGAUAGGCGGAAACUUGAAAUUUUAUAGUAUAACAAGAUAGAAGGAAGCGUCACGAAUAACGUUGCAGGAAACACCGUGAAGCGGAUGGAACGACACGGAUCGCACGAGGAACGCGUAAAGUGUAAAAACAUUAUUCGAAAUUUACUCUCUAUUGAAACGAACGCGCGAAGAUUUUUUCACUCGGUUCCUUGGUUUCUGUUUCCAACGAUUAUUCGACAAGAAUUAAUCGAUGUUGCUCGAUUUAUGGCUAGAUGAAAACCAUUCGCCAUCAACGACACACGGUGCUCACAAGCAUAGUUCGAGUACUAAUCCGAGUGACCAAGAUGGCUCAACUUUCGUAAUAGGAAGAGAAUCGAUGGUCCCCACAGAUGGCGUUGACCCGUCAGAUGACGUUCGAGUCGUCGACUCGGAAACAGAGGAAUCGUCGGUGGCACGCGGCGAGACGAAGAUCGGCGCUACGACUAGAUUCGUCGAGUUGUUGGCCACUAUAGGCUCGUUCCUGCUGGUGCUCGUUACGUUGCCUUUCUCGCUCUGCUUCACCUUCAAAGUCGUGCAAGAGUACGAGAGGGCCGUCGUGUUCAGAAUGGGACGGCUGAAAGGCGCCGCUUAUGGACCAGGCACGUUUUUCGUGAUGCCAUGCGUGGACAACUGCGUGCGCGUCGAUCUGAGGACAGUUUCGUUCGACGUGCCUCCCCAAGAAGUUCUCACCAAGGAUUCCGUGACGGUGAGCGUGGACGCGGUCGUCUAUUAUCGCAUAAAGGAGCCGUUGAACGCCGUUAUCAAGAUAGCCAAUUACAGCCACUCGACUCGGCUACUGGCUGCCAGCACGUUGCGAACGGUGCUUGGGACGAGAAACUUGGCCGAAAUUCUCUCGGAACGUGAAACCAUUUCCCACACCAUGCAAACCUCUCUCGACGAAGCCACGGAGCCCUGGGGUGUCAAGGUCGAACGCGUUGAAAUAAAGGACGUUCGGCUUCCGGUGCAGCUGCAACGAGCCAUGGCCACGGAGGCAGAAGCCGCAAGGGAGGCUCGGGCCAAAGUGAUCGCGGCGGAAGGGGAGAUGCUGGCUUCCCGUGCCCUGAAAGAGGCCAGUGAUGUCAUUUCCACGAGUCCAGCCGCUCUUCAGCUAAGGUAUCUACAAACGUUGAGCAACAUAUCCGCGGAGAAGAACUCGACCAUCAUCUUUCCGUUGCCGGUCGAAUUCUUGACACCGUUCUUCAACCGUAGCUCGUCGAGCCAGAUCGAGGGCCAGGGGAAUGGAACGGAAUCGGGGGAGCAGGGAUGCGCGGGCCGGCUCACGACUCGGCCUCACGUUCACUCAAACGGAAACAUGCCGGCUAAGUGAAGAUAGGUAGGUACGUUUCGAGUUUGAUCGUCUCUAGGCCGGAAUUCUCGCGCGAUCUUUGAUACACGUUCGACCGGAAACCUGUUUGUACGCGUUUGCUCAAAGCGUCUCUUUCGAGCAGACGUCGUUUCUGAUCAACGAAUCAAAGUCGCUCUUUAAAUAAACCGAUGUAAUUCCCAGGGAUUUACAAGGGUUUCGAUCCAUCGAAAAUUCAUUCGACUGGAUCGUCGCGGAGCACGAGCAUAUAAUAUUGUUCGGAAAGUAAUUUCGCUUUUUCACGCGAGAGGCGCUACUCGAACGUUUAUCCACAGCCAACUUCGUUCUAAAGCAUGUUGUUAUGGUAUAUUUUGUGAGUGGGCAUUUUAUGGUUUAAUUAUAAGAAAAAUUCAUUUGAUUUUGUUGUGUGGUUGUGUUUUUCGUGCGCGAUAAUGAAGAUGCGAGACCAAAAGGAUCAUUUUCGGUUCGAUUAUAUUCGAUUAUAUCUUACUUUUUCUAUUAUUGAAAAGGUUAGGAAUACCGUUCAGACAAGAAAAAAGUUACGCGAAGUGUAUGGAGUGGAAGUGUAUAUCAACGGUACGUCAGUGUCAAAACUGAUUUUCAAAAUUUCGUUCCGAUGAUUUCUACAUUAAAAAUGCGUCACGUUCUGGAUUCGCACCGGUUGAAGCCGAUGAAGACAAAAUAAAGGCACCAUUCGAAGCAAACCAACGACUCGAAAUUGUUACGAGAUCAAACUCAUUCGUGAUCGCAUGAAAUAAACUUAUGUUUCAUUGUUAUGAAAAAAAACGAAAUUACUUUCCGAACAGCCCAGUAAAUAAGGAUUGAUUCGAAUGGAAAGGCCUGGAGGAUUAAACGAGUAAUCGGGUGAGGAGUUAGUUUCUCAUCGUCACGUUCCAAGCGUUGGAGCGUAGCGCGAAAGCACGUGCUUGCCUCCUCUUCUCUCCCCCCUCUCCUGCCGUCGUCGUCGCUCGUUUCCUCGCUUCGAGGAGGCUAAGUGAAGCCGCGUAUAUAGCGGCUGCGUCUACCUCCUCUUUAUGAAACGAUGUAAAACGGAAAUUGCGCAAGCCUCCGUAUUGAAAUUUACCUAUCGAAUGAUAACGAACUUCCUCGAACAGCCGCGUGGACCUCGAGCGUUUCCAAAGCGGAAUACGAGCCAAGAGAGAGAGAGAAAAGAGAGAGUUGGUCUAAUGGAAAUGAAAUAGGCUUCUCCUCGCGCACCAGCUUUGGACCGGCUGCGCGAGACCUGUAGAGACCACUUAAAUUCUGUCUGGUCGCGAUAAAAAUAAUUAAAUUCGUGUCAAAAACACGGGCGCUCGCGGUGGGUGGAGCGUAAACGGUUGUUGUGGCGGUGCAUCGCGCAAACGAGAAACGAAAACGAACGGAAAGUAUAAAUUUCAAUUUUAUUACUUCGCGUACGGGCGCGUUUCCUUCCUCUUCUACUCUUGUUAUUUCCCUUUUUUUAAAAUCGCGAAUGGAAAAGAAGAAAAGGAAAGGAAAGAAAACAAACAGGAAUAAUAAUAUCCUGGCCGUAAUGUAUGCAGAACAGUUUUUUUUAUAAACAAGGGGAAGAGAAGGUUUAAAGAGGACUAUUAUUUACGCGGGAAAAUUCCUCCGGUGAAUUAUGACGCUUGUUAACCGUGCCACGACACGACGCCCUGCCCAGGAUUAAAAAGCCUCCCCCCUCCUUCCUCUCCUUCGGUGCACACAGUCGCGUGUGCACAAACUGCGUUAAAAGAAAGUAAUUCAUCGGAUAAACAGAUCGAGAGGUAAUCGAGAUAGUUUUUUAAGGAAUGAGGGGAAGGAGGAGAAAAAGAGACUGUAUAAUCGCUCGAAGGUUAAUCGUGGCGCGUGGUAAUUGCCUAAAGCGAACUAUUUUAGUAGCGAGUAGUGACGAGUUGUGGCUCGUAUUUGGAUCGGACUAAUAUUGAAGAUCGUAAUUAAUAAACAGUGGCGCGGGAUAUUAAUUCCUUUGCAUCUCAAAUAUUUGUCGGUGAAAUUAAUUCAUACUGCGCCGAAAUGUCAUACCGGACACACGUAAUCCGACCAAAGAGAUAACGGUCGGGACACGCGUUACCAAUUAAGCUUAUAACCGAAGCGACGUUCUAACCUCAUUCCAUUUCAUCUUUCGACGAUUUUACGUACCGAUCCUUUCAUCGUUUCAAGGAGAUUUCAUCGUUGAGAGAGAUGAAAAAUUUCCUAAAGGAUAACGACGGCCAAUAAUGGAGAGAGCUGGAAAUCAAUGGCUAAUUAAUUCGAACGAAAAUAGCAUUGCUCUUUCGAACUGUGUGUGGAAACGAAUGAUCGAACUGCGAAAUAUAAAGCGAAAAUUUCAAUUAUUCGAAAUUCGAAUUUGUUAAAUUCGAAUCGAGGAUCGAUUGUAUAUAAGAUACGUGCGAAAAAUUUUUACCUAAAAGAUUAUCGCAAAAAAACGGCAAUAUCUUUAUGUUAAAGUCUAAACUGAUUUUGAAUAUGUGGCAUAGACAUGAUGCUGUUUUACCCGAAAGACCAGCUGUUGCUAUAGGACUGUACAAUCGUUUAUAUUAAGUUGUUCGGAAAGUAAUUUCAGUUUUUCACACGAGCGUCGCUACUGGAACGUUUAUCCACAGCCAACUUCGUUCUACACCGUGUUAUUGUAUAUUUUGAGAAUUAGCAUUUCAUGGUUUAUUUAUGAGAAAAAUUCGUUUGAUUCUAUGUAGUUGUGUUUUUCAUGUGCGAUAAUAAAGAUAUGAGACCAAAAAGGAGUA